CGGGUUGCCAGGGAUCGCUCAUGAGGCGUAACCGGUCAACAGGCUAAUCGAGCCAUAAAACUUGCCUUUCAUCCUGGGUUGUGCAGCCAUCGUCACAGUCGUUCUCGAGCCAUCAACAGAAGAAUCGGGUCUCCCAGUAAUUCAUUGACGCCAAAAUCAAUAUGCCUGCCAUGAGGAUGCCCAUCACUCUUCCAUCCACCACGAAUGUGUCCCCUCGCCUCCGCAUCCUACAACACGCCCAGCUAGCCAUCGCAGGCCUUGCAUUCUUCGCCUUUCUCGUCACUUUUCUCAUCCCGUUUCGCCACAAACUCUUCACGCUCAGCCUUCUCUACACCCCGCUCCUCACCUCCAUCACCACCAUCUUCUUCGUCGUCCGUGAGCAAAAGAACGCAGAGGCUGGAACUCUUUCCAAGCAGAAAUAUGUCAAGUACCAGGUGCUCAAGAUGGUGGCUGCAAUCGGCAUGUCGUUCAUAGGAUUCAUCGGAUACCUAGCUAGCGCGCCUGCUGAGGCAGACCAAGACCAACAUCAUCCUGGUACGCAAGGAAUGUGGUUGAACGGAGUCAAGAUUGGAAGAUGGCAAGGUCUACUGCUUUGGCUCAACUUCUUCAACUGGGUCUUCCUCUGGGCUAGCUUGUUCUACUCAUGCUGCAUGACGAGCAAGAAGCAGGGUGCUAUUGCCCUCGCCGGUGACGAGGCCAACAUUGGUAUCGAUGAUGAUACUGCUAACGACGAAGCGAUUGCCCGCGAUCUUCAGGCUCGGGACCCCAACUGGCAGGCCUAGAUUUGAGAUGACGGUCGGAAUUUGCGACGUCGUUUUCGCGUUGGACAUAGUCGAGAGUAAUAUCUCGAAAUCAUAGUCUAUGGGCUAGAAUGGGAAAGCGAUGGAUGUGUUUAAGGCUGUUCAAGCAAGCGGUACUGUGGGGGUGAAGUAUAUCGAUUAUCAAUUGAUGAUUUGUCCAAAAUUUAUUGGAUAAUAAAGAUUUUUCACCUCAUUUCCUGUGCCCGCAUCCUUUGAACGCGUCCCACUUCUACAACCUCACUUCGCCUCAA